AUUACACGCACGACCCGACCCGACAAUAUAAAAAGACCGACUUUGAACCUGCAAUUGCCGAUAGCGCCAUAUAAAUCUACAUACUUCUCGUGCAGCACACCAUAGGAUGGGCACUGCACCUGAGGAAAUAGUUCCCCUGCCCGGGGAAUGGCCCGUGGACCCCCAAGAUGAUGUCCCCAUCUCAGAAUCGCGUAUCUGGGUCGAUGGAUGCUUCGACUUUAGCCACCAUGGUCAUGCGGGUGCUAUGCUUCAAGCCCGUAGACUAGGUGACGAGCUUGUUGUCGGUGUACAUUCAGACGAGGCUAUUCUUGAGAACAAGGGCCCGACAGUCAUGACUUUGGAAGAGCGAGUCGCCGCUGUAGAAGCAUGCCGCUGGGUAACGAAAUGUGUCCCGUCUGCCCCGUACGUGACAUUCCUACCAUGGGUAUCGCAUUACGGCUGCAAGUUCGUCGUUCAUGGUGAUGAUAUUACCUCCGAUAGUAAUGGAGAUGACUGCUAUCGAUUUGUCAAAGCCGCGGGGCGCUUUAAAGUUGUGAAAAGAACCCCCGGCAUCUCUACCACGGAUCUCGUCGGCCGUAUGCUUCUAUGUACCAAAGGCCAUUUUGUGAAAAGCGUGAAAGACACCCUUUCUGGGGAGGCAGGUUCUGGAAGCCCGGAAGAACGCGCGCAGUACGCUUCCUACCUCCAAAAGAUUAUCAAAGAUUAUGCUACAGAUGAAAGUGGACUACAACCUGGUCCCAGGGUCUGGAUAUGGGAUGGCUCAAAUGCGGCUAAACUCGAAAAUACAGCUGAUGAACCUGGGGCUUUCGCUAACCUUGUGAAUGGGAAAUCUCCCAAGCCAGGCCAGCGUAUUGUCUACGUUGAUGGAGGGUUUGAUCUCUUCUCUUCUGGACAUAUCGAAUUUCUCAAACAAGUAUUAGGAAUUGAAGAAUCCGAAGGCCGAAAGCGUGGUUGGUAUAACCAAGAACAGAGAGAGAAAAGACUUAAGGAGCACGGAGAAGAUUAUGGUCCAGCCUACGUUGUCGCUGGAAUUCAUGAUGACGAUGUGAUUAACCACUGGAAAGGACUCAACUAUCCCAUCAUGAAUAUCUUUGAACGGGGGCUUUGUGUUCUCCAGUGCCGGUAUAUUCAUGCUGUUGUGUUCUCUGCUCCAUUCUCUCCCAGUCAGUCAUACUUGAAAGCAUUGCCCCUAGGCGUUCCAGAUGUCGUUUACCACGGCCCCACAAAGUUUAUCCCACUCACCUAUGAUCCUUAUACCGCCCCCAAGAAGAUGGGCAUAUUCAAGGAGACAAGCGGCCACUCUUUCCAACAUGUCAAUGCGGGCGAGAUUGUCGAAAGAAUUCUCAAGAGCAGAGAGGCUUACGAGGAAAGACAGCGCGCAAAACUGCAAAAGGCUGUUAUCGAAGAUCAAGUCAAGUUGAAGGAAGAAGCAUCCAAAUAAGCAUACAUCGGAGAAAUUCCUGGACAAACCUCAGUUGUACAUAUUCCUAGUCGACAAAAUUACUCAUACAUAGAACCGCAUACAUAAUCUACGAAAUAUCGCUAGU